AUAAAAACAGUUUGGCUGAAUGGGCACAUCUCGCUUACUUGUAUGUGUAGAUAAAAAAAAUCGAAUGCCAAGUUUAUAUUUUGCAAAAAAAAUAUUAAACAACACAUACAACCAAAAUAAAAUAAUAAAUAGUGUACCUACUAAAUAAUACUUAUAUACUGUACACAAAAUUAGAAAAUCCCUAAAAUGUCUGAAAAUGUAAAGAUUGAUCUGUCAGGUGAAAUAAACGCAACAACAGAAAAGAAAGGUUUCCAAAAGUAUGUGAAUGAUGCAGAAUUGUUGUUGCAGCAUGUACGUAGUGGUGCGGCUCCUGCAUUGUUGAUGGGAGUUUUAUCUUCACGCAGGCCAUGGACACAAUUUGUUGCCACUGACAACUUUAAGGUACCAGUAUCUAUACCAAGAUUGUCUCGAAGAUUCUAUCGUAACAUAGAAUAUUUUCAAGCUAAUUACCUAAUUGUAUUUCUGGGACUAUUUGCCUAUUGCCUCAUAACAUCACCACUGUUGCUGAUCACUAUGGUGGCCAGUUUCUUUGGAUAUAGAAAAUUAACUUCAGGGCCGAAUACUUGGAAGAUUGGUGGUUGGGAGUUAACGAAAACACAGCAGUAUGUUAUAGCUGCUGCCGGAUCCAUGGCACUCUGUUGGCUUGCUGGAGCUGGAGCCGUUUUAUUCUGGGUUUUAGGUGCAACGGUAACCGUAGUCGCCCUUCAUGCAAGCUUCUUCGAUGCAGAGGCACUACCUAAUCUUGAAGACCCGGAGCAGUUUCCGAUGAUUGAGCAAGUGUGACAGAGCUAUCUUCCUUUAUUCCUUCCGCCGCCUGGCCGGUUCUCUCCUCACCACCGUAUAACUGAGCUUAAUAAUUAAACAUGAUUAAAUUUAACGGUAUUUAGGUACUGAUGGUAGGGUGUAUUACCGGUGCUAGGGCGCAUUUCUAAGCCACGCACAAGUAAGUGCCACCAUACUGCCUAUUUCUGCCCCGAAUCAGUCCUUAGUUCCGGUUUUAAGGGUGGGAUAUCGACCUCGUGUUGCAAGGUGGGUGACGGUGUUCACUUUGUGACUUCUAUAGGCUUCUCUAUACACCAGAAGGGCCGUAAGCUCGUUUACCCAUGUAAUAAAUAAAAUAAAGAGUGUAUAUUGUAUAAAAUAUUUAUUAAUACCUUUUUUGUUUGUUAAUUAAUUAUUAAAAAGGUGUUUUCGAAUUUAUUUUAAACUUUUAAUUCAUUCAAGUAAUCAACAUAUUAAUUAUCAUCGAAAAAUUGCCAUAUUAUACAUAAGCACAUUUACUACAUAUUGCCUGUGUAUUGUAAAAAAUAAAACUAAAUUACUAAAUAGUGUUUCUGCAUCAAAGAUAAAUAAAACAUUAGUCUACAUGAUAUACAGAGGCUUACAUUGUUAACAUUAUAAAGUUGAAGAUUAACAGUAUAAAUAAAUAAUAUUUAUUAAAUAAUAAAUGAUAUUUAUUUACGUGUAAAAAUAAGGGUUGUCAGCUUAACCCAGCAGUGUUGCUUAUUACAGCUAUAUGACGCUAAGCAUAAGUGUAUUAUCUAUGCGCUAUGCAGUACUGGUUGGUUUCGACUGUCCUAGUCUGGCGAAGUUAUUAGACAAUGCUGACAGCCUAUUAGCAAUCAUACAGAACGUACCAGCCUAUAGAAAAUGAUUUUGUAGAAUUAAUAAAUGAAAACCAAAUAUAAAUAACAUUUUUAUUCAUAUAUUAGAGGAAUUUAUUGUACUUUAUCUUAAAGAUUUAAAUAAAUAAACGUUCUAA